GUACACAUGCCGAUUUCUUAGAACCCAAGAAACAAAGACCGAUCUAUCUUGGCUAGUUGUAAGAAAUUGCUCUAAUCAAGAUUGGCUUGUCUCUGUAAUAUGAAGUCGUAGUGCCGUGGAUGUCUACCGGAGAACUCGGCGAGUUAUACGUUGGCUAACGGGGAAAAGAUAAAUAGACAAAGAGACGAAAAAAUACGAAAGGAGUAUCCCAAUUGAAAUACCAGGACAAUACUUUAUAUUCCCCAUCGCAAUGCUUACCGACGCUCUCGUGGUGUCUAAGCCAGGGGCACCAUUUAAGUUUCAGAAGAUUGAGGUGAAUGACAAUCUCCGCGACAAUGAGGUCUUGAUUAGAAUGAAAGCCACCGGCGUCUGCCACACAGACCUGAAUUUCAGCAACGAAACUAGCAUCCCAGGGUUGUUUCCUGCUGUAUUUGGCCAUGAAGGAGCCGGAACGGUCAUCUCCAUUGGCUCCUCCGUCACCACCCUAUCCCCCGGCGACAACGUCCUCACCUCAUACACAUCCUGCGGCGCCUGCACCAACUGCUCCUCCCGCCACACCUCCUUCUGCCGAGACUGGGAGCGUGACAACUUCGGCGUCGGCCGCUCCGACGGCUCAAAAGCCUACUCCUCCACCUCCGGCGAGGCAGUCACAUCCCACUUCUUCGGCCAAAGCAGUUUCUCCAGCCACGCCGUCGUGACGGAGCGCAGCAUCAUCAAAGUCCCAUCCGACGCCCCCCUCCAGCUCUUAGCACCGCUAGGAUGCGGAAUCAUGACCGGCGCGGGCGCGAUGCUGAAUGUCGUCAAGCCGACCUCGACCUCGAUCGUUGCGGUCGUCGGCGCUGGUGCGGUGGGAUUAGCCGCCAUCAUGGCGCUGAAGUUGAAUAAAGAGGAGCAGCCGAAAAUGGUCAUUGCUGUUGAUCUCAUCCAGGCGAGGCUGGAUAUGGCGAGGAAGUACGGCGCGACGCAUGUUAUCAACUCGGCUGAGGUCAAGGAUCUAAAAGCUGCGUUGCUGGAACUCACGGAUGGAGAGGGUGUAAGUGGGUCGAUCGAUUGUACGGGGCGGGCGGAUGUGGUUAAUACGCUUAUGGAGGCGACGGCGAAGAGGGGUACGGUUGUUAGUGUUGGUGUUGGGAAGCUUGACGCCACCGUGUCGGCGAAUAUCUUCAACACGGUUAACUCGGGGCGCAUCUAUACCGGCUGCUGUAUGGGUAGCUGCUACCCGCAAGAGUUUAUCCCGAUGCUUGUUGAGGCGUGGAAGCGGGGGGAUUUUCCAUUUACGGAGUUGAUCAAGACUUAUCCGGCAGAGGAGAUGGAUAAGGCUGUUGAGGCGGUCCUUGAUGGAUCUGUGGUGAAGGCUGUUUUGACUUGGGAGUAGGCGGAGCAUAUAUAAACAGUGGAAUGUCAUACAUGGCACAGCAGACAGGGUGCCCAGGUGGUGUAGUUAAACAAAAGUAGCUUCAGCUUUAGAACCACUCACGCG